AUGUCUGCGGGCGCCAACGGCCGUGGUGGGGUCUACAACGACCACCACCAGUACUCCCAGUCCCAGGUCACAGCUGCGACGUCGUGCAUCGGCAGCGCCCGGUCGUCGGAGUACGUGGCGACGCAUGCGCAGGACCACCAUGCCGGCGGCGGCGGCGGGGGCAACUGCAACAACAGCGGGGAGAGCGGCGGCACCGCCGCCGCCGUCGGGUCGUCGGCGAUGCGGGAGAUGAUCUUCCGCGUGGCGGCGCUGCAGCCCGUGAACAUCGACCCGGAGAUGGUGCGGCCCCCGAAGCGGCGCAACGUGCGCAUCUCCACCGACCCGCAGAGCGUGGCGGCCCGGAUGCGGCGGGAGCGCAUCAGCGAGCGCAUCCGCAUCCUGCAGCGGCUCGUCCCGGGCGGCACCAAGAUGGACACCGCGUCCAUGCUGGACGAGGCCAUCCACUACGUCAAGUUCCUCAAGACGCAGGUGCAGUCCCUCGAGCGCGCCGCCGCGGCCAGCGGCCGCCGCCCGGCGGCGGACACCGGUGGCGGCGGCGGCGGCGCGCCCUACUCCGGCCGCAUCAACGGCGGCCAGUGGUAG